CUCGUCGAGACACGUCGUUCUCCUGCCAGUCGGACCUCCGCGAUCCGAUCGUCGCGACGUGCCAUCGUCGUUGUCUUCUCGCGGACGAGCGUUUCCCUUGACCGCGUGCGAUUUAACGCGACGACCGGCGAUUUCCCGUAGAUCAUGAGGUUCUGAAGCAAGCUGUCCGGAACUUGGUACCCCGCUGCAUAACGUAUUUCUCCGCUUCUGUUGGUUUUGCUGUCUUUCUUGGAGAUUUUCGGCAGGAGAUCCAGAUGACAACGAUGAGGAGAUGCCAGGUCAGCUCGCUUUUGUUUCUCGUGAUCCUGACGCUCGGCGCGUGCGAUGGCGAGUUACCGAAACCGAGCUAUACCAGGACGAUGUUGAAGGUCUCCCGGAGUCUGCCGGGUGAGACGGAGGAACUCAAAGUACGGACGAGCGAAGGGAACCUGGCCACCUUGAUCAUCAAGCGGCGAGACAAGCCAUCACCAUCAUCAUCGACGUUUCUUGACAAUUCCAAGCUCGCACCAAAGCCCACUCAGAACGAGAAUGUCAUCGCAAGUACUAAAAACUUCUCCCUGAGCGAGUCAAGAGUCACCGAUGAUGGAAACGAUGCUCAGAAGAAGAGCGAAAUCCGGAGACUCGAGAACGCGCAAGUCGAGCAGAUCCGCGCGACAUUUUCCAAAACUUCAUCGGAGCCAAAAGAUGAGAAGACCGUCGUGAACCGUCGGAUCGAUGAAAAAGUAACGUUCCCUGAAAAAGAUCGAUCGAUCAGUGGCAGCAGUACAAUCGAUUACGGAAACUGGACGCCGCUAAGCGUGGACGGACGCGCCCUAAAACAGGAUGAGGAGUCACGGGAGGAAGAGGUGGAAGAGUACCGAAACUGGAGACCACUGCAGACGACUCUAAGCACCAUCACCGAGGAGAGAACCAACUACGAUGGACACGGCGACGUCGAAUUCGGCAGGGUUGAGAUCUUGCGGAAGGUUCCGUUCGCCAGGAGUUCGCAGGAUCAGAGAACACAGCGGAACCUGGAGAACCCCGGCUCCCUCGAUAAGGACGGCGAGAAGAACGAGCGGGCGCUGCAUUAUGCGUAUGUGCCACAUAAACCAGGACCAAGGACGAACAUUGGCGCGAAUCUGUUGAAGAAUCGGGAUGGCAAGGCGGUGCCACCAGAGGUGAUCGUGCGUUCGGAGAUCAACGUGAAAGCGGCGCCGAAGAGAUCACCCAUGUCAUUGGACAGCGACGGCACGCCGGUGAUUCACGGCACGAGAGUGCCCGACGACCCUAUCGACAAGGUGCAGGUCUGGCGGAACGCACGGGUCAUCAACAAUAAGCUGGUCCUUCCCGAAAGCAAUCCGACUAUCUCUGCGGAGCCGUCAGUUGGUCCUUACUCCGACAGCGUCGAGAAAGAGCAGAUGUUCCAGAAAUUCUUCAAAGACAUCAAUCGAAGGUACGGUCGCAAUUACGACGAGGAAGGUCGCAACGUGUACUUCGAAUGGGAUCCGCGGAACUACAAAAGCGAAACGUUGAAAGCGGAAGUGUACGAGCCGCGCAAUGACUACCGCGCGAACGUGCACAAGCGGAUGCUGCACCCGGAUGGCAUCGCUAGCUACCCGAUCUCGCAGCGUUACAUACCCGACAGCCAGACGAUCGCGCCGGUAGCUCUGAAGCCUGGUGCGCGCGCACCCGUGCUUCAAUAUGCUCAUCCGGAACUGGGCGUGCAACCGGCCAAAAUCUUGAAGAACGAGAAACGUCGUCCUGACAACUUCCCUGAAAAUCAGCACUCGUUCACCGAGCAGCGGCACAAGAAGAAGUACGUGCUCAACGACAAGAGUAUCGUCGACAGCUACACCACGAAGAACUACUACCCAAACCAGCACUUUUACGGUCUGAAGCGACCGAAUGAGCCGCCGUUCUGGGUGAAGAUCUCUGAGAACCUGAAGAACCAGUUCUCUACCGGCGUGGAGAAGAUGUCGCAGUUCACCAGACCGGUGAUCGAUCCUCUGGUGGAAGCUACUCACAAGAUCUCGCAGAACCUUGGCCUGUCCAACGGCAAGGAGGCGCAGGACAAAAUCGGCACGGUGGCAUCAGGCACCAGCAUCCUGAUACCAGCACUGGGUUUGGUCGCGUCAGGUGCCGCUCUCGGAAUUGGUGCCGUAGCGGUAGGCCGGUACCUCGACGUCGAUGUGCUGAAGCGAUCAAAUGUGGAUGCACUUGAUCUGGAGCACAAACGAGCGCUAGAAGCCGGUGCGUACCUGGCAGACACAAGUGGGAAUACAAACGCGCCUCUGUACAUCUCCCGAGAAGAUAUUCACUCCGAAACUAAUGAAGCGGCGAAUGAGAGUGCAAGAAUGAUGAGGAACGAUGAGGGAGUCUUCCUAGUCCUGGGAGAGGACAAGCAAAACGCCGAAAGGGUUGAGAAUCGGGAGAACAAACAGAUGGUGGAGGAACGCGACUAUGUGCAGACCAGCGGACGGCGAAGGAGAAGUCUCGGCUUCUUGGACGUCUUCAAGAUAGCCGAUGCAAGGAACUCGGCGCACGGCAAGAGCUUUCAGCGGAAAGGGGCUGAUGCCAUUAGCGAGAUCGUAGAGAUCGACGUACCCGCGGAUUCUGGUCGCAUCGACAUCACCGAACUUCUAAUUCCGAAGAGGGAGAAGGGUAAGAAGAGUGACUCGAACGAGAACACUGUUCUGAUCGUCGAAGAUGAUCCAAAAGGCCUACCGGAAAGCUCCAAACCAGACGUGGCGGAAUGGAACGCAUUGGGGAAUGUCGCGAAAAUCGUUGAUGACAUCAUGGAUGAUUCGACGAGGAAGAACAACGAUCGACCGCGAGAAGACCGGAGAAACUACUCUGCUGCUUCUCUGGCAUUAGACAACAGAUCGCAAAACUUCGAGAGAGAAAUGAAGAGGGUCGAAAGGAUUGAGAGUGCGGAUAAUCAGCGGAAGGACACUGGAAGACAAAAGCGAAGCGCUGAUAGUGAUCAAGAGCUGUUGGACGCUUUGCAGAAUCUAGAGAACGCGGAGGUGGCCGAGGUCGCUCAUAUACGAGGCGACUGGGCAAGCACGCCGUGCGCAAAGAGGAUAUUCUGUGACACGAUGAUUCAGAGGGGCUCGGAUGCCUCGGUGCUGAUGGAGAAGAAGAUGGCAGCCUUGUUGAGACUGAUUCAGCCCGGGGCGGCCGUCCAGGUGUCCAGUCAUUUUGAAGAGGUCAUGAACGCCGUUAGGAGACACGACUGCUCCGGCUUCCUGUGUCCGCAGGCGAGACCCGGCAACGUCUUCCUCUAAAUGAGAUUGCAGCCUUCGCACGGUUGAUCCUCUUCCCGCAACUCGGCGCUUCUAAUCCUCACCAGUUCCUGGCUGCGGAACAGUUCCGCUUCGCUUUCUUACGCUUGAUUUCUGCGUGUUGCAUUUCGUGAAAUGGACGAGCACGUCGAAGCGAGAGAUUCCAUCUCGAGACUCGGGAGAGCGCGUCUUCCGUGCCUUGUCAAAUCACAUUCUGCGUCUACGACGACUUCGGAAUUGAUUAUGCGUUCUCGUGAGAUACGUCGGUGCCUGUUGUGCCGAUAACUUGUGUACAUACUUGCCAUCGAGGCGAUCUUAUUUAAUAUUCACUCAUAUCUGUAGUUUGUAGAUGAUUAAGCGUACAAUUUAAGGGAGAAAAACGAAAGUCCGUGAGGCGUGAGGCGAGUCGCGUCUCCCACAACUUUCGAAUUCGCCAACGUGUGAUGGACCCUUGGUGGAUCAUUCGAUCACCCUUCGGCGAAUGUUUCCGCCCGUCGCUUCAUUUCGUGUCAUCUCUGAUCUCCGCCACAGAUCACCCGGCACAGAUCGUUACACAUUACGACUUAAGGGGGGAGCCUGCUUUAGAACGCUGAAAAUAAGGUAUAUUUUACGAAU